AUGAGACAUCCAACUAUUAUCAAAAGUUUGCUAAAGCUAGCUAUAAGAUGUUUAAAUAGUAUUGGGAUGUUGAUACAAGGUCCUAAAUGUUAUAAUAAAAAUAAUAUUAGAUCUGAUAAGAAUAAAUUAUUUGAAAG